AUGGUCAAAGUCCCUACCUCAAUUCUGCGGAUCUGCAAUGAAGCUCCACGGACCUUAGUGCAGAGGGAAUCACUGUCGAAAACCUCGCCUUCAAAAAGCUUAAAUGAUCCCGAACCUUGUUCAAAAAUUUCAGAACACAGUAUGAUCAGUACAAAGACACCCGAGAACCUAAACCCUCUGACCGAAUCCUCCGAGUUCUCUCUAUCUAAAGAACUGGUGGGACUUCUUCCGGAGAACUUCCGGCCCAAAUCAAACGAUGAAUUCAAGUGGCAAUCAACUCAGACUUUCAAGAUAUUUACCCAUGAUAACCUACCGCCUUACGAGACAACAUUGAUGGCCAUUGAAGGGUUAUUUCAAAUACAAUCGGCCUCUCUGCACUUGCACUUCACCCACGAAGAUGAGGCGAGAGAGCUACUGGAAAAUGUGUACUCUGGAAGCUCUUCUUCAUCAGACCUAUGUGAGCUCUUUGCUGCAGCUGCAGUGGGAUCUCAAUGGGAAGAGCGAGUUCCUACCGAGACCAUACAUUGCUAUUUCAAUACCACCAAGGCACAUUUGGAUGAUUGUUUGGAGGAGGAUGAUUUGAGAGGGAUGAGGAUACUUGGACUGUGCUCAUUGUUUUUGAUGUCUGAGAAGCGGAUAUCAAGUUAUAGCUAUAUUGGAAAUGCCCUGCAGAUUGGAUACUCGAGAGGUCUUCAAUACACCCAAAAGCCUGAGAACAUAUCACUCAAGUGCUGGGUCGGACUUAGAAGGUUAUGGAGAACCUUGGUAUUUUUCGAAAGCUGGAUAGCCGCAUCUUUAGGUCGUAUCCCGGUCUACAGCCUUAGAUGCAACAAUGUCGAUCUUUCUGAAUCGGAAAAAGCACUUGAUAAUCAAGGGCCUGUCAAGCGCAAUGCUAUUCAAGUCGAGCUUCUCAAGAUCGGGAUAUUAAACGCCAAAAUCCUCAAGGACGUGUUCGCUCCUUCAACCGUGAGCCUUUCAGUUGUACGGGAAUUCAUGCUGGAAUUAGAGGGUUGGUUUGAUGAUCUCCCUGACUCGAUGAGACUUGCAAGUAUGCUUGGAUCCGAUGUGGGUCCAGGAGAGAGGACGACAGUGUUCACGAUUCACAUAAUGUAUCUUUCGACUAUCAUUCUUUUAACACGAAGAGUCAUGGUUGGAGUACUGGGUGGAAAGGUCAGCUAUGUAGAUGGCACCCUAAAGGAUUCCAUGCCCUACGUCAGUGUGUGCAUUUCGGCCGCGAAACAAACUGCUGGGAUUCUUGCGCUUCUCUAUGCUGAAUGGGACGGCGGUCUGUUCAAAAAGUGCUGGUUGGCAAUAUGCUCUUCAUUCAAUGCAAGCGUCAUCUUGCUCUUCUCUGCCGCGCAUAAGAAAAUGCUUGGGGAACCUCAAGUAGAUGAAGUGUCUCGGUGUUAUCUGAAGAUUUUAGCUCCUUUCAGGGAGGCUGUUGAGGAGAGAGAUAAGGUUUAUUCGCCUUUAGAUAGAGUAUCACAUCCCCCGUUCGAUUGGAGACAGUCGGUAGCCUCUUUCCACGACCCGGACCAGCAUGGCUUGUAUGGUAUGCCUCUGACGGAAGAUUCGGAAAUCACCAAUGGCCUUCUGGAUAUGAUUGCAAAGCCAUACGUGUACAAUCAAGGCUGUAGUGAUAGAUUUGCCUCGCCGGAAUAUAAAGGCUACUUCGACGCUAGCAUUGGUGUAUCUCAGAUCCAUUCGCCCUCCAGUUCGAGCCCUAGGACGAUAGAAACACCUUUUUCGGGUUUUGGUUCGAAGACAAUCGAUACACCCUCUCUACUUGAGGUAAAUGUAUGUCCAUCAAAAAGAGGGGAAGACAAACCGAAAUGGACGAUGGGCGAGAAGGAAUCUGCUGGUCAGCGUGUUGCUUGA